AGCAGCACUGGCGUUGAGCCCCGGGCUAAUACAUAGGGAGAAGAGUGCAUGGAACACUUCCUAACCUGAUUCGUCCUAUGGCUCGUAGCGUAUCAUUUAGCUAAAUAUCGUCAAAGAGUCCUUUGGUCGAUGUCGGGAGUUUGAGAAGAAUGAUGAUGGGCACGGAAGCAGAUUGCGGACCCGACUUUGGAGUCUCCAAAGGCUUCAAAUUUGAGUUGAGGUAACGCAGACCCGUGCCCACUAAUGGUCCACGUACAAUGUACUAGUGUAGAUACAGCUCAGCUGUCCGCAUUUACUCUGCCUAGCUACGCUGGACUUUUGUCCGAUAAUAAAACGCCAGAGAAGGUGUCUUUGAAAAUCGCAGACUGAAAGCAUAAUCCAAGCCGAUUGAAAGGCAGAUCUUAGAGCCCUGAAGCAAGGUAGUUCAGCAAAUGGGUAACAUUCACUACCCAAAGCUCCAACAGCAUGGAACGUAUAGACAGCAGGCUAUUCGGUAUUACUGAGAAGUCGGACAAAUUUUCUGUCUCGUAGUAGGCACAUAGUGUUUAGACACUGCUCGAUUUCCAAUUUGUCAAGGAACUCAAAUGAUUGCAGAAGUGCGGCCCUUGGUCCUUCCAGCUUUGACGUUAUCUUGACUCAUCCUCUUCAACUGACAUAUGUGUCUCGUAGCUCUAAACACAGAAGACGUAAAAGGAAGGAAAGCAAAAUCUUAGUUUGAUGUUCUUGUUCAUUCCUUCGUUAUUUGUCCAAAUUCUCAAAUUUAGUAGGAAUAAGGUGUAAGUAAUGGCCCGCAUGAGGGGCGACUCCGAAAGAAACGGAACACAUCGUAAACAUGAAGUCUAGAUGUGGCAAGUCCUCCUGUAAUACCUCGUUGCCACGAGGGCAGUGCAGGUUCCCGCAUCGGUUCCAUCAGAAGCAACAUGUUAAAUGUGGGUAUUGCGGGAAGACCUCGUCCGUAAGGUGCUCCGGUACUUGACGUGUCGUAAAUGAUGGGGUCCAACUCCAGUUCGUGACGUUAAAGUCACGCUAUGGGUAGUUUCGAAUCAAUCAGGGCGGCUUGACGAAGUCUUGUCCGGAUGCCUCCGUCUGCUCAUGAGCUGUGUACGAAUUUCCGCCUCUUCCUGUAAGAGCUACAGGUUGAUAUGAGAAACUAGUUGGAUAUCACAUGCUCAGCUGGUCUAUUUCAUAUCAGUCUAGUGAAUCGUAUUCGACACUCGUCAUUAUUCAACCAUUUUAGUGGCCAAACAAUGAAGUGGAACAUCGUGGUAAAAGCCACUGAUGAAGCCUUACUGGCUCAUUUGCCGAAAACCGCUCACUCUUUCAUCGCUUCGUACUCUUGUUCUUCAUGUGAGACACAGAUGUGGCACUUGGGAUGUCACACCUCCUUCGGGGAGAAAGGGGAAAACUGGAGAGGAAGGUGUUGAUGAGACAAAAGAUCUGAUUAGUUUUUCCGCCCCUUGUCCGGGUUUGCAUCCCCCUCAUAUCCGUCAAAAUCCCGUGACCGGUCGCUAGGGCCAACCAAUACUGUUGUACACUACGGCGUAUGUAGACUUAAUACCAGUACUCCGUAGACCAACAUGAUGGGGGCCAGCGCACUGUCCUCGAGUAAAAAUAGCGGGCUGAUCCGACGAAAAGUGAGAUAUGAAACAGACGUCAAGACCAAAAUGUGGGCCCUUGAGAAAGCAAAGAAGAAAACUGUCUUGACAUGCUUAAGUAGAGCCUGUACAGG